CACACCCCUUUGUGGGCGGAGUCAGUGCGGCCUGAGUGAGAGUCUCGCACACAAUCACAGCGCUACACUGAAAACUGCUGCAGGAUGGAUCGAGGAUAUUCUUCAGGGUUCUCUGGCUGGGGAGGAUCGGGUGGAGGAGGAUCGUCCAGAGGCUCGGGCGGUUAUGACCUGUACGGGUAUAAGGACUCCAUGUCCAGCAGCGGAGGGUUCGGAGGAGGCGGGUACGGAUCCAGCGAUCGGAUGAAGAGAGGACUCUCUGGGGGAUCUCUGCUGUCCUCCAGCGGCUCCAACGCAGACGAUGUCAUCGCCAAGAUCAACCAGCGGCUGGACAUGCUGACGCAGCUGGAGGGAGGCAUGAAGAGCGGCGCUCGCGGAGACAGGUUUGCCCAAUACGAGUCUUUCGACUCGCGCUCCACCUCCCUCGGCCCCCGAGAUCUCUACAGAUCCGGUAGCUUUGGUUUCAGCGACUCCCGGGGCGACAUGAUGGCCCAGCGCGGAGGCGUGGGCUUUGGGGUCAUGGGCGGAGCCGGAGGGGGCGGGGGCGGCUUUGAUGGCUCCGCCUUCGGAUCUGCAAAAAUGCGGCCGACUCGAGACUCCGCCUUCUCGGGCUCCGGCUGGGGGGCGGGGCAGAGAUCCCCGCGCAGGAACCGAUCGGCCGGGGGGCGUGGCUUCGGCCGCAGGCAGGAUUCCUCCUCCACCGCUGGCAUGGGGGGAGGAAGUGGGCGGGGUGGCGGCCACCAAGGCCACUCCCCCGCGGGGCGAGGAAAGCUGCCCUCGCUCCUGGCCAAUCGCAUGUACCCCGACAGCGGGGCCUUCCAGUCUCAGCGCGGGCCCCAGGACUUCCCUGCGCGGAACUUCGGAGGGGGCCCGAGGGCCAACCGGCAGCACGGCCGCAAGAGACCCCAGAACCGACAAGUGAAAGCUCAGCGCGACGGGCAGAAGAAGAGGAAACAGACUCUGAGCGCGACCGACGAGCCCGAGUCCAAGAUGGGCAAAACCGAAGCCACGGGAGAAGCAUCAGCCAGUGACGCUGCGGCGGGAGAACAGACGCAGGAGUCCGAGGAAGCGACCGCUGCUACUGCUGUGGAGUCCAAAACAGAAGAUGGAGGGGAAGGUGCUGCUCCAUCCAAUCAGGACGAGAGUGCCAAGGCCAAGGGGAAGAAGACUCCGCCCUCCGCGGCCAAAGCCAGGAAGAGGAGAGGCUUCUUUGAAAGGUCAGGGGUCAAAGUGUCUGCGCACAGGAUGACGUUCGCCUGCUCCAUCUGCAAGUUCCGCUCGUUCUACAGCGAGGACAUGGCCGUCCAUCUGGAGAGCAAGUUCCACAAGGACCACUUCAAGUUCCUGUCCAAUCAGCUGUCCAAGCCCACCACCGACUUCCUGCAGGAAUAUCUGAAUAAUAAGUACACAAAGACGGAGCAGCGAGUGAGUCAGAUGGACAACCACAGCACCGUCAUCUGCCAGGUGUUCAAAGAGCAGGAUCUGACGCGAGAUCUCGGCAUGGAGCACUUCAUGAAGAAGGUGGAGGCGGCUCACUGCUCGGCGUGCGACGUCUUCAUUCCCAUGCAGUACACGCUGAUCCAGAAGCACCUCAAGUCCCCUGACCACAACUACAAUCGCAAGGGCAUGAUGGAGCAGUCCAAGAGGUCGAGUCUGUCCGUGGCGCGCAGCAUCCUCAACCACAAGGUCAUCGGCAAGAAGCUGGAGAGCUACCUGAAGGGUGAAGACCCGUUCAACGGUAACCAGGACGACCAGGAUCCCGAGGACUCCAUGGUGAUGGAGGUUUCCGAGGCCGAUCUCACCAGUGAAAGCCUGAAUGAGAUCAAACAAGAAGAGGAGGGGCCUCUGGCGGAAGGGGCGGAGCCUGCAGCCGAAGCGGUUGGAAAUGGGGAGGAGCAUGAAGAGGAGGUGAAGAUGGAGACGGGUGGAGCAGCGGAGGAGGGUGUGGAGGAGGGCGAGGAGGGUGUGGAGGUGGGCGAGGAGGAGGCGGCUGAGCACGGCGUCGAUGCAGGAGCCGCGGGAGACGCUGACGCCGCAGCGGCCGAGUAAUCGCCAGGAAAACACCCA